AUAUAUAUACACACAAUUAUAUUAUUACAAAAAAUCAUCUUAAUUAAUGCAUCGGAUUGUAUUUAAGUAAGAUACCAAUAAUUCUUAGUUUUGUUAAGAAAUGCUAACAAAAAUUUGUCAAUGUUUCAAGCUGACUGCAACAUGUCGCUGUCUAUGGUUGGUAAACGAUAGGUAACAUAGGAGCUAUCGUAUCGUAUCGUAAGUACAGAAAAGGGUUUACAGUCUCAACUCUCAAGUUGGUGUCUGGUGAUUGGUGGCUAAUACUGGCUUCUGGGUUCUUGAGUGGCAACUUUGUCAUUUCAAACACACCAACCCCUACCCAUCUCUCUCAAAUACUUCCUGCUUCCAGACCCAUUCUUGCCUCUCCGAUCUCUCUCUUCAGCCGUAACUCUUUUUUGUUGGUGACACGGAGAGUCCAAUCCAGCUAAAGAUGAAAGUGAUAGAGAAGAUCCAGUCUGUGCAAGACGACCAAGGGAAAGUGGUUUUUUCCUUCGAGUUCUUCCCUCCAAAGACUGAGGAUGGAGUAGACAACCUGUUUGAGAGGAUGGAUCGUAUGGUUGCUCAUAAUCCAUCAUUCUGUGACAUUACAUGGGGUUCAGGUGGUUCCACUGCUGAUCUCACCUUGGACAUUGCCAACAAGAUGCAGAAUAUUAUCUGUGUGGAGACAAUGAUGCACCUCACUUGCACCAAUAUGCCUGUAGAGAAGAUUGACCAUGCUCUUCAGACCAUCAAGUCCAAUGGCAUUCAGAAUGUUCUUGCCCUCCGAGGUGAUCCUCCUCAUGGUCAGGACAAGUUUGUCCAGGUCGAAGGUGGCUUCGCCUGUGCCCUUGAUCUGGUGAAACAUAUUAGAGCGAAAUAUGGUGAUUACUUUGGCAUAACAGUUGCUGGUUAUCCAGAGGCACAUCCUGAUGCCAUAGGAAGUAAUGGUGUAGCGACACCUGAAGCUUAUCAGAAUGAUCUUGCUUACUUGAAGAGAAAGGUUGAUGCAGGAGCUGAUCUGAUUAUUACUCAACUGUUUUAUGAUACCGAUAUCUUUCUAAAAUUUGUCAAUGACUGUCGCCAAAUUGGAAUUUCAUGUCCUAUUGUGCCGGGUAUUAUGCCCAUUAAUAACUACAAGGGUUUCUUGCGAAUGACUGGCUUCUGCAAAACUAAGAUACCACAUGAGAUUACUGCUGCCUUAGAGCCUAUCAAGGACAACGAAGAAGCUGUCAAAUCCUAUGGAAUUCACCUUGGAACGGAAAUGUGCCGCAAGAUUUUAGCUCAUGGGAUUAGGACAUUGCACCUUUAUACAUUAAACAUGGAGAAAUCUGCAUUAGCUAUACUAAUGAAUCUUGGAUUGUUUGAAGAGUCCAAAAUUUCUAGGUGUUUACCUUGGAGACGCCCUGCAAAUGUUUUUCGUGUUAAAGAAGAUGUUCGUCCUAUAUUUUGGGCUAACCGUCCAAAGAGUUACAUAUCCAGGACUAUUGGUUGGGAUCACUAUCCACAUGGGCGAUGGGGUGAUUCUCGAAAUCCAUCAUAUGGUGCACUCACUGACCAUCAGUUCAUGAGGCACCGUGCACGUGACAAGAAACUUCAUGAAGAAUGGGUUACCCCAUUGAAAAGCAUUGACGACGUUCAAGAGAAAUUUAAAAAUUAUUGUCUGGGUAAGUUGAGAAGUAGUCCUUGGUCAGAAUUGGAUGGCCUUCAGCCAGAGACAAAGAUCAUACAUGAACAGCUGGGAAGGAUCAAUUUGAAGGGUUUCCUUACCAUCAAUAGCCAACCAGCUGUCAAUGGAGAGCGCUCGGAUUCUCCAUCUGUUGGUUGGGGAGGCCCUGGAGGGUAUGUUUACCAGAAGGCUUAUCUUGAGUUCUUCUGCUCAAUGGAAAAAUUAGAUGCACUUGUCAACAAGUGCAAGGCGAUCCCGUGUGUUACCUACUUUGCCACCAACAAAAACGGGAAUCUGUUAUCAAACAUUGGCCUGACCGAUGUUAAUGCAGUAACAUGGGGAGUCUUCCCAGCUAAAGAAAUAAUCCAGCCAACGGUGGUGGAUCCCGCCAGCUUCAUGGUGUGGAAGGAUGAAGCAUUUGAAAUUUGGUCAAGAGCAUGGUGUGCCUUGUAUCCAGAGGGUGAUCCAUCAAAAAAAUUGCUGGAAGAGAUUCAGAGCAGCUAUUAUUUGGUGAGCUUGGUUGAUAACGAUUACAUAGGUGGUGAUAUUUUUUCUGCUUUUGAAGAUCUUUGAAGAUGAGAUGCUCUGCUAUGCUCAACUUACCAAAUCUCUUAAGCCCACAUUUAAGGCUGCUUUUCUUCUAAUUAUGCUAUAUUAUAUUAUCUUAAGUAUAGUUUUUAAUUCGACGAGCGAAAUUAAUAGGAUAAUACAUAAUUUUUAGGAUAUAUAAAAAAAAUAAAAAAUUAAUUAAAAAAAUAAGAUACGCACUAGUCUUUUAAUUUCGUUUGUUUGUGUAAUAAGGAAUUCAUCAAAAAAGAAAAAAAAAAGGAAAAAUUUGUAAUGAUAACUCAUUUGGAAUUUUGACACAUUCCCUUCACCAUGCAAAUUGAGAUAUCUCAAUAACAUAUUUAUUUUG